AAAACAAACCCUUUCCAGUUUCCACUCACAAUCCAAGAACACAAAUAAACACACCAUACAUACCCACUUUCUCUGUUACUCUGCUUCUACCCACUCCAUCACUCUCCCAAACUCAAACCCAUUAAUUCUGAACGGAUUCCAAGUAUUGGAAUGGCUGAGAUUCAUGCGGCGGAGGGUCAGCUCAACGGCGCCGGAAACCUAAUUCUGAACUCCUUGGAACCCAUCGGAACCAAGCGCCAGAGGAGGCCUAGCGUCCGAUUAGGCGACAUCGGCGGCGACCAACCGCACGAAUCCCACCACCGCCGAAGCACCAGCAGCAAGGGGUGGAAGCUCGGCUUCGACCACCGCAAGGAAAAGGAUUCCACCGCCGCUAACCCAUCAUCAGGUAAUAAACCCUCCAAGACUCGACCCUUAACCAAUUUGACCUCCGUCGCCGACUUCAAUGAAACCCUAGACGGCGACGAGAGGGAAGGGAACAACAUCGACAGCGUCGCGAUUGGUAGCUGGAAGGUGAAAGAGUCCAAGAAGAGGGCCACCAAGAGGGUCAGAUCGAGUUGGGUCUCGAGAAUCGAGGAUGGUGGGGGCGGUGGUGGUGGUGGUGAAGGGGAGGAAAAGUACAGUGGCGGCGAUGAUGAUGUGGAUGAUGGGUAUCGGGAAUUUGAUAUGGAGAAUUCGGAUUCUCUGUUGAAAGAACAGAGCCCUAUUCAAUCUAUGGAGAAUUUGGGGGUUGAUGGGCAUAGGAGGUCGUUUAAGGGUAGUAGGGAUCACCAUGAUGGGAUUGAGCUAUCUGGGCCUUCUGAUACUGAUGCAAGGGAUUGGAAGUGUGGAGGGACUAGUGGUGGUGAUAGGAAUGAGAAUGGUGGUGGGAGGGUCAGGUCUGGUGAAGAUGGGGUUAGGAUUUGGCUCAAUGGGUUGGGGUUAGGGCGUUAUGCGCCGGUGUUUGAAGUGCAUGAGGUUGAUGAUGAGGUUUUGCCAAUGUUGACACUAGAGGAUCUCAAAGAUAUGGGGAUUAGUGCUGUUGGAUCCAGGAGAAAAAUGUACUGUGCUAUUCAGAAGCUUGGAAAGGGCUUCUCCUGAGCUUUUACUUGUUUUUUUUCUACAGUUACGGAAUGUAGCAGUGGGAGAGGAGGAGAGGAUUCUCAGCCAUAGCAAAUUCAGAUGAGUAUGUCUGAACUGAGAUAUAGCAUGUUUCUCCUGUGACUUUUUUUAGGCUUGGAAUCGUUAGGUCCUCACAUGUUCUUAUUUGAGAAACAUCUUUUUGAAAUCUAGUGCAAGUACAUAUGACUCUGCAAAUUUUGUUGGAGCAUUUUGUUGUCUUUCUGAAGUAAUUCCAGUUGUAUUGUUAUCAAUUAAUAACUUGAAAGGAGUAAUACGAGGAAGAAAGGAACACAAUUAUGCAUUUGGAAAGUUUUUGCUUAAAUAAACUGGAAAUGCUGUUAA